UUGCUGACAAGGCUGCCUACCUGAUGGGUCUGAACUCAGCAGAUCUACUCAAGGCCCUCUGCUACCCCCGAGUCAAAGUUGGGAAUGAAUAUGUGACCAAGGGUCAAACCGUGCAGCAGGUCUACAAUUCAGUAGGUGCCUUGGCAAAGGCUGUCUUUGAGAAGAUGUUCCUGUGGAUGGUUGUUCGCAUCAACCAACAGCUGGACACCAAGCAGCCCAGACAGUACUUCAUUGGUGUCCUGGACAUUGCUGGCUUUGAGAUCUUUGAUUUCAACAGCCUGGAGCAGCUGUGCAUCAACUUCACCAAUGAGAAACUGCAACAGUUCUUCAACCACCACAUGUUCGUGCUGGAGCAGGAGGAGUACAAGAAGGAAGGAAUUGAAUGGGAGUUCAUUGACUUUGGGAUGGACCUGGCUGCCUGCAUUGAGCUCAUUGAGAAGCCCAUGGGCAUCUUCUCCAUCCUGGAAGAGGAGUGCAUGUUCCCCAAGGCAACUGACACCUCUUUCAAGAACAAGCUCUAUGACCAGCAUCUGGGCAAGUCUAGUAACUUCCAGAAGCCCAAGCCUGCCAAAGGCAAGGCUGAGGCCCACUUCUCCCUGGUGCACUAUGCUGGCACAGUGGACUACAACAUCACUGGCUGGCUUGACAAGAACAAGGAUCCCUUGAAUGAAACUGUUGUGGGGCUGUACCAGAAGUCAUCCCUGAAGACAUUGGCCUUACUCUUUGCCUCUGCUGGAGGAGAGGCAGAGAGCGGUGGUGGUGGUGGCGGCAAAAAGGGAGGCAAGAAGAAGGGGUCUUCUUUCCAGACAGUAUCAGCUCUUUUCAGAGAGAACCUAAACAAGCUGAUGACCAAUCUACGGAGCACUCAUCCCCACUUUGUGCGCUGUAUCAUCCCCAAUGAAACAAAAACACCUGGUGCUAUGGAGCAUGAACUGGUGUUACACCAGCUGCGGUGUAACGGUGUGCUGGAAGGCAUCAGAAUUUGCAGGAAGGGAUUCCCCAGCAGAAUCCUCUAUGCAGACUUCAAACAGAGAUACAAGGUGCUUAAUGCCAGUGCUAUUCCAGAGGGACAGUUCAUUGAUAGCAAGAAGGCUUCCGAGAAGCUUCUUGGCUCAAUUGAUGUGGACCACACCCAGUACAAAUUUGGCCACACCAAGGUGUUCUUCAAAGCUGGAUUGCUGGGACUCCUGGAGGAGAUGAGGGAUGAGAAGCUGGCACAGCUCAUCACCCGUACACAGGCCAUGUGCAGGGGCUUCCUGAUGAGAGUGGAGUACCGGAGAAUGGUGGAGAGGAGGGAGUCCAUCUUCUGCAUCCAGUACAAUGUUCGCUCCUUCAUGAACGUGAAGCACUGGCCCUGGAUGAAGCUGUUCUUCAAGAUCAAGCCCCUGCUGAAGAGUGCAGAGUCUGAGAAGGAGAUGGCCAACAUGAAGGAGGAGUUUGAGAAAACCAAGGAAGAGCUUGCCAAGUCUGAGGCAAAGAGGAAGGAGCUGGAGGAAAAAAUGGUGAAACUGGUACAAGAGAAAAAUGAUCUGCAGCUCCAAGUGCAGUCU